GUGAAAGGUUUCCUUCAGGAGGUUGACAGCUGUUGCUAACGUGCUACCUUCAUUGGGAGCUAUUUUGAAUUGUUCCAAGGCUUAAAAUGGCAGAUGAUCAAGGAGAUGAAGCACCUACCCUACCUUGUAUCUUAGUCACAAGUUGUGAUUCCAACUUUAAAGAAGAGGAGCUCAUUAGACAGAUUUUGAGCUCAGAAUCACCACCGCAGCCUAACAGAAUAGAAGAAAGAGUUUCCUGGUAUCCAUGGACGAUCAACAACAAAUACUACACCGCAAACGUCAGCCUAUGUGUCGUAUCAAGUACAUUCGACAUGAAUGCUGAGGUGGCCCGGUCUAUGCAAGCGUUCAUCAUUUAUUUUGACAGCAAAACUAAAGACAGCCUUAACAAUGUCAACUCCUGGUUAUCAGUAGUGGAGGAACUGGCUCCAGAAGUGCUGAUCCUAGUGUGUGACCAUGUGUGCGACAGCGAUGAGGGUGUUAGCAGACAAGAUGCCCAGCAAUGGUGUUUGGCCCAUGCGUUUGAAUUAGUAGAACUUAACCCACAAGAUCUACCCGAUGAAGAUGAUGACUUUCCAGAGUCCACUGGGGUAAAAAGAAUCAUCCAGGCCCUCAAUGCCAACGUGUGGUCCAGCGUUGAGAUGAAAGAUGAACACAGUCAGGGUUUCGGGCUAAUGAGCAGUCUGGUGGCUUCCCGUCACAACAACCCACGGCCCAGUCAAGAAACACUGUCCUCUCAUUCCCCAUCCAACAGUACAGAUGAAGGCACUGAGAGCCAGAGGGCAGAGAAUAACCAGAGUAAUACAGUAGAUACAGCAGUCGAUCCCAUGAUUGACAUAGACAUUCAGGAGCUGGCUAAUCUUACAGCUGGAGACCCAGAUGUGGAGAAUUUUGAACGACUCUUUACAAAGUUGAAAGAAAUGAAAGAUAAGGCCUCUUCAUUGCCACAUGAACAGAGGAAAGUACAUGCAGAAAAGGUUGCUAAAGCGUUUUGGAUGGCUAUUGGUGGAGACCAGGAUGAGAUUGAUGGUUUGUCAUCAGGGGAAGAGAGUUAAAGACCAGUGACUUUUAACCAGCCUCCACUGUUGAUACUCAGCCCACCUUUUGGACCCUCAAUCACCCCAAAUCCGCCCAGUCCAGAGCUAAGAUCCAGUAAUGAGGAACACGCAAGAAUAUGGACAACAGCAGCAUCAUACUGCUUUUACUACUGUAUUUUCUCAACACCCCAAUCAGGCAGUAGAAAUCAGUAUUGACUUUUGGCUUUCAAUAUUAUAAAUUCGGAGCCGCUCGACAGGUUGCAGGGUGCAAGAUUGUGGUCUUAUCCACUUUCUUGCGGUUUUAGUGUAAGUAUGCAGCAACAAACAAUACUAGGAGGAAGCCUAUGGUUCUGUCAAGAGUUGUUGUAAAUCAAAUGACAGAUGGGCUGACAAAUGGAUCAUUUUUCAACUUUUAUUUUCAUGAUGUGACUCACAAUUAUGGACUAUGUUCGAGCAUGUCAUUAGCUGUUCAUCAAUUAAAAAGAAUGAUCUGUA